UGUCUCAAAAUUAAAUGUAAUCAAUCAUAUUUAUUAAAUUUUUUCUAUAUACUUAUUACUUAUAAUUUAUAUAUUAAUAAAAUAACUUUUUAGGCCCUCUUGGAUUACAAGACUUGAAUUCAAGUGUUACAAAAACCGACAAUAUAGACACAGUCUCGGAUAUGACAAUUUCAAAUAUUCAUGAACUAGUUCAGGAUGAUGCCGAUGGACAAACAUUAACAUCAAAAUAUAAUAUUGAAACUGAACAAAACAAGGAUACAGGUAUUUUUUUGAGUAAUAUUUUAUGUUGACUGAUCUGUUUUCUAUUUGAACCUUUUUCUAUCUAUCUUAUAAAUUAUAAUCUAAUAUAUUAUCUGUUAGAAAAUAAUGUUUGCGGUAUGGGCUAUGAACUAGACUUAAAAUCAGAUUACCCAACCGACCGUGGAAAAUUUGAUGAAGCAGUAACAGAUACAUUGAAAAGAAGCAUACUGAAAUUUGGCUCAUGUAGGCCUAGCAUAGAAUUUCCCAGGACUGAAAACAGAUGUUUUUCUUUACAUUAUUACUAUAUGGUAACAAAAGGUGGUUUAAAAAUUCCACGUGAUUGGCUAUGUUAUUCAGUGUUGUUAGAUGUGGCAUAUUGUGAAACGUGUUGGCUAUUCGCUGAUCGAAUGAGUGGGAAAUUCAAUAAAGAAUGGAUAGAAGGUGUGAGUGAUUGGCAACAUUUAUCCCAAAGUAUACAACGGCACGAAGCAUCCAUACAACACUUGUAUGCAUCUAAAGUUAGAUCUUUAUGGAUUAAAAACCAAACUAUAGAUAUAAAUAUAGAAAAUCAGUACUCUCAAGAGGCUAUGUUAUGGAGAAAUGUAUUAAAACGUAUAAUAAAAAUCAUUUUAUGUUUGACUGCCGGUAAUUCAGGAUUGCGUGGUAAUGAAGGUAGUUUGAAGAUAAAAAAUCCUAAUGAAGGUAAUUUUUUACGAACUGUUAAAUUACUUGCAGAGUUUGAUCCCGUCUUAAAUAAUAUAAUGAAUGACGAAAAACAAAAAAUUAAGUAUCUCAGUCCAUUGAUCCAGAACGAAAUAAUAGAUAUUUUAUCUUCUGAUCUUUGUCGUAUAAUUUGUGAUGACAUUAGAUCAAGUUGUUUUUUCUCAGUUAUCAUAGACUCAACACAAGAUAUAACUAAAGAAGAUCAAGUUAGUCUUAUCAUUCGUUACACUGUUGUUGAUUAUGAAAAAAAGCAUAUAGAAAUUAGAGAAUCAUUUUUAGGGUUUUUUUUAUUAAAAAAACACGGUGCCUCUGAUUAUGCUGAACUUUUGCAACAUACUUUAUCCUCAUAUCGAUUAAAUAUAGAAAAAUGUAGAGGUCAGGGAUAUGAUGGAGCAGCUGUCAUGAGUGGUGCUAACUCAGGUGUUCAAAAAAGAAUUCUUGAAAUACGAUGCUGCCAAAAGUACUAG